AUGCGGUUUGAGAGUCCUAAGCAAUUGAAACACAUGUUGUGUAACUAUGCUGUCGCGAAUGAUUAUCAAUUAUGUUUUGUUAAGAAUGAUACUAGACGAUUACUUGUCAAAUGCUGUGAUGGCAAAUGUACUUUUAGGCUUUGGGGUUCUUGGAUGAGUGAAGAUAAGUCUUUCCAUAUAAAAUCUCUUAUCGGUGAGCAUAAUUGUGCAAAGAAUUUCAAAUUCGGAUCAAUUGUGACUUACAAAUGGAUAGGGACCCACUUUAAGCACCAAUUUUAUAACAAUCAAAAGAUGAGCGUCCGAAUGCUUAGAGAGGAGAUAAAAACAGAUUUUAGGAUUAACGUGAGUAUGAGUCAGUGUAGGAGAGCCAAGAAGUAUGCAUUGAGUCUAGUUGAAGGGACAAUAGCUGAGAAUUAUGCAAGAUUAUGGUCAUAUGGUGAGGAGAUUAGAAGAUCAAAUCUUGGAUCCACAGUUAAAAUUUGUGUCGAUUCAAUGCCUGAUGGGGAGUUGCUUUGUGCUGUGGGUAGAGAUGAUAACAAUGGAAUAUUCCCAAUUGCUUGGGCAGUUGUUUCUGUGGAAAACAAAGAGAAUUGGAAAUGGUUCUUAGAAACUCUUUCAGAAGAUUUGCAAUGUUGGAAUGAUGGUAACAGUUUGGUUCUAAUUUCAUAUCAACACAAGGGUUUAAUUGAGGCAGUAAAGGAAGUAUUUCCAGCAGCUGAACAUAGGCAGUGUGCUAUACAUAUCUAUGCGAAUUUUAGAAAGACAUUUAGUAGAUCCAAGUUUGAAAAUCUGUUUUGGAAAGCGAGCAAGACAACAACUAAAGCACAAUUUAAUGUAGUUAUGAAAGAGAUUGGAAAAUUAAAUCCGGAAGCAGUUGUGCAUCUUAUGGCUAGAGAUCCAAAGACUUGGUCUUUGGCUUUUUUCAGAUGUGAUUUUGGAUGCCCGGAAGAAACCAAUAAUAAGCAUGUUGGAGGACAUUCGUAUAUAUGUGAUGCAAAGGAUGGUGAUAUGAAACUAACCGGACAAGGAUGGAAUGCUUAUUCUGUUUGUCCAAAUAUCAGAAUACGGUUGAAUUUGCUCCAAACUGAGCAAAGGCAUUGGCAUGUCAUUUCUUGUGGGGGGAUGAAGUUUGAGGCAAGGAAGAUGGACGAGGCGUUUACUGUGGAUGUUGAAAAAAAGGAAUGCAGUUGCACGCUAUGGCAACUUAAUGGAUAUGGCUGCGAGUCUGUAAACGUUGCCACGAGAGUAGGGGAUGAUGUGGUAAUCGUAGAUGCUACCGAUGCUUUGGAUAGGCCUAGAGAUGAAGAGCGAAUGGUGGGAGUCAAUGGAAGGGAUGAAGGGGUGAAUGUCAAUGCUCGAGUUAAGCAUGUUAAACCACCUAAAAUGCGAAAGAAGUCAGAACGAAUCAUUAAACUGAAGCUUGCAAAAAAUGUGGGAAGUGAAGGGGUAAUUAAGUCAUUACAAAGUAAAUUGACCAUUUUUCAUGCAAGGACAAGCAGAUAUGGUUCAAUCGUGUGCAAAGGUAUUUUUUGUCCCUUUUCCCAAACUGCACCAUUUGUGGUCCCUGUCUAUGCACAUAAAGAAGAUACAGAGAUCAUCGACAAAAAACUUCAUCAAAAAACGAUGACAACCAGCAGCCCAGCAACACCACCACCAAAUCUACAGACCAACAUCACAAACUAA